AUGGGGUCGUCGUCGUCGUUUUGGGAAUACACGGUGCUCUUCUUUCUGCGCCCCCUUUUCGCCAUAGUCUUCGUUCUCUUCUUAGUAUCUCUUGGGUGGUUUGUGGCGUGGAAACUGGUGCUGGUUCACGUUCCCUUGGUGCAAGAGGUUUUCGGCCUUAGAAAGAAACCUACCCGAGUGAAGCCCCCAAUUGGUCGCUUCUCUAAAAUUUACAACACACUUCACGCCCAAAACACUUCUUCCACCAGGAUGUUGAAGCACCAAUAUAACAGGCUACUUAAAUCUUGUAAGACUGGUUAG